AUGUCCAGCACGUCGACGCCGAUGAUGAAGCUUCUGGUGGCCCUUGCCGCUGCGAGCGGCCACCUGGCAGGUGCGGAGCUGCAACUGCCGUUGCCACAGGACUUUGUGCAGGGCGCCAUCUUUUUCACGAGCGCGCACACCGGUGAUUUGGUGCGUCUCGACUGUAAGGCGGAUGGAUGCUCCAAACCGCUUGCAAUCGCUGCAGGCCUUGAAACGUAUAGUGGGCUUGUGCCAUGGAGCGGGCAACUUGUGGCCGCGACCAAAAGGCACAAGCUCGUGCAAGUGGACCCAUGGUGUCAGGACAGCUCCUGCCCGUUAAAAACGCUGGUGGAUGUGGAGCAUGCUCUGGCUGAACUCAUGGGUCCUCACGGAAAUUUCAGCCUCGGUGGCAUCACUUGGUGUCAGGACUCGCUGUUCGUUGUGUUUGGGGCAGCGACGCACCCAGGGCCCAGUGGCGUAAUGCGCUGUGCCAACUGUUCAGUUGGGCAUGAUUGCACAUCUAGCUGCUCGCUAGUCGAUGGUGGAAAAGCCGCCGGCAAAGGAUCUCAGGAGCUUUCGGGUUUCGCAGCAGGCAUCGCUUGCAUGGGCGACCGGGUUCUUGUUACCGACAACAGCAACUUCCGAGUGCAAGCGAUCCCGGCCGGAUGUGCAAAAGCACCCUGUGAGAUCGAUACUUUCGCGCAGGGACUAAAGUGGCCGCUUGGCAUUGCAGUAGUGAGCGGCGGAAGCCGUGUUCUCGUCACGCUGGACGAAGGCAUCAAAUCCUUGCACUCCGAUGGCUCGUCACUGGCGAACUUCAGCUACCGGGGUGACACUGGAGGCCUUUGCGAAGGUGAUGGCAAAGUCUUGGCGGUGGAUGGCAGUACUGGCAACAUCUUGUCCUUCGACCCGGCCUGUGACGCUAACUGCGCAGCCUCACUUAUCUGGAACUCGACCGGGAGCACUGCCAG